AUGACUAACACAAGUGAUCGGAUGGAUUUGGCUUUUGUGCUUCAAACAGGUGAGUGGAUUUCUAUGACCAGCUCCAAUCUAGCUGACAGCAAUAGGCUUUUGGAGACCAUAAAAUCAUUUGUCCACUUUGGAGCUUUCAUUGUCACUGGUCUCUUUACCUGCCUCAUCAUAGCAACAGUGCGGAACAACCAGGAGCUGCAUCAGAACCCUCGCUACAUCCUAUUGUGUCAGCACUGCAUCUGUGUGACCGGCUUCAACAUUAUGGGCGCAGUUGUACACGCUCUUCGCAGCCUACGUUGGCCAAUCUCUCGAAUCACCUGUUGGAUCCUCUUCGACCUGCAGGUGGUGAUGGCACGGGGUUUGAUGAUCACCCUCACACUGAUGUCCAUCAGCGCUUGUCUGUCCAUUUGCAUGCCACUCCGCUACCCCAUUCUGGUCCAGCGCUUCUACCGCUGGGUCGCAUUGGUGGCUUGCAUUCUCGCCCUACUCAACCCCGUAGUGUUCACCGUCCUAGCCUGUGUGCGCUUUCCGUGGGACUACGUGGUUGGGCUGGACACAGAGUGCUCCACAGCUUUGGAGGGCACCGCAUGCAUCGCCAGCGCUUUAGUAUUGCUUUUAUUGCUGAUCGCUAAAGAUUUUGAUAACAGCUAG